UCUUUGCUCUACAUGUCAGAAGCCUGCUCACACUUGCCUCGGCCAUUGUCAGCUGUGCUGGUUUCUGUAAUCUGAGAACCAGGUAGCUAUCGUGAUUGUGAUGAGGAAAACAUUUCCUCCAACAGAGCCACUGUCUACACUGUCCCAUAUCAGGGUACCGACCUUGCAUGUAUCUUUUUAUGCUCUUUCAAGUUUCUGUGGAGAAUAGACAAUGAUAGCUGCCUCUAGCCAUCACUUUUGUCCUCAAUUGUGAAUUGCAAUUUUUUCCAGCCAUCUUUAAAAACAGGAGUUUUGUUUGUCUUGUUUUUGAGAAGAUGAGGAUUUUCAUAGCUUUUGAAGGAUCUUUUGAGGCAUUCGAUGUUGAAGCACAUACAUCGGUGGGAGCCAUCAAGCAGAUGAUAAAGGAUUAUUUCCACAUUCCUCUUUCUGAAGACAAACAAGGCAGGAGGUAUCUUGAGCUGAUGUAUGCUGGAGCAGCCCUAAGGAACAGCUGGAGUCUGUCAGAUGUUGGAAUAUCUUUCUGUUCAACUCUCAAAUGCUUUGUUAAGAAAGAAGACAAGCCCACUCUCUAUGUGUUCAAUGCUGUGACCCAGGAGAUGAUGCCAAUAAUGGAGAACAUAUCUAUCCUGGAUAAAAAGGUGUCUGACCUGAGAAUGCUGGUAACUUUGAGAUGUGGCUUCCCCGUGAGUGUCUACUGUCUCCGGACACCAACGGGACUGGAGAUGUAUGACUGCAACACCCUCAAGGAUUACCAGACUGAUAUCGGCACAACACUUCGUUUGGAUGUCUGGGAUGGAUGGAAGGAAUUUCUCAUGGGAUGUCUUCUUGGGCAAAAACCUAAAGUCCAACGCUACUUAUCAAAAGAAGGACCAGUCCUCAAGUACCAGAAAAGGGUAGCCCUGUACAUCGCUGCUUUUCAUGGACACACUGAGCUCACCGAAUGGGCUCUGAAGCAGGGGGUGCUGCCCCAUGAGGCAGUUGGGGUUCACCCUUAUCGAGCAUGGUGCCACGAAGCCCUUCACACAGAUGUCUCUAACUGCCCUAUUCAUGCAGCUGUAGAAGCUGGCCAGCUGUUAAUUCUGAAGGCCUUUGUCAACUGCAAUGUCCUGUGCCUGGAAUGUAAGAACGCAGCAGGACAAUCUCCCCUGGCCAUCGCAUCGAAACACCAGCAUAAAGACUGUGUGCUGUAUUUACUGAGUAAAAUGUGGUCCACGGUUUCUUUUCUAAAACUUUCAGUUCCAAUGAGGAUUUAUAUUAAAAUAAAGCAGUGGAUUCUCCGAGCUCAGAGUCGUAGGUGCCAUAAAAGCCGGCUUGGCAGGGCAAGGGUCUCCGGAGCAAAAGUUGGAGACACUGUAAUGGUGGACGGUUUCACCAAGCCCAAAAUGACCUCCAAGAGCUGGUACAAGGCUGAAGACAAGAGCUGGCAAACCGCCCAGAGUAAACUACCACCCUGCAAGCAACAGUCAAGCAGGAAACCAAUGUCAGAGCGAGACACCAGAAAAAAAAUCUUCACAUUCCCACCCUUAGUAGAUGUAAAGAGCUCUUUAGAAGCGCGAAGUCAUCAACAAGAAAACCAGAAAAAAAUGUCUGCCCCAGCUAGAAAAGAAAAGCACAUCAAAAAUCCCUAUCUUCCCCAGGUCCCCCUCCCUCCAGUUUCAAGAGUGGAUUAUGCACACCCUCUGUUCUACUGCCCUCCACCCAGGGCAGACGGUUUGCUAAGGUCCCUCUUUACAGCCUUCUCAGAGCACUGUGGGAGGACUCCACGCGAGAAUGCCAUCUACUGCUUAGCGGUGGCAAGUGCCUUUAAAGAGAAACGAUGGCUUCAGCAGUUAGAAAUAGCAAGAGUGCUAGCCAGAAGGAGCAUUGCUAACCUGACUAUCAAAGAAGGUCCAGCAAAGUGCGAAAACUACCCAGAAACUGUACUUUGAAAAGUCCCAGCAGCCCUGGUUUGAAUAGAGAUAUGGCUAAACAGAAGCUCCAGCUCUGAUGGCAACAUAUCUAAUAAUAGUUCUAAUGCUACACGACUUCGACCUGAUGAGGAGCAACGUAAAACAGAAGCCUUCUUGAACACUGUAUUAUACAAAACUCUCUAGAGAGCAGAACUUAUAGAGUUGAGUAUGUAUUAAAGAGGUUUAUUGGAUUGGUUUACAUGAUGUAGUUUGGAUAGUCCAACAACUGGCACCUUCACACUGAAGAACCGGGUGCCUGCUCAAACCAGGAGGCUGGAUGGAUGAUCCCACAAUUCCAACAAGCCGCCAAAGGUGUGAAGGAUUCUUGGUCUUCCCUCCACAUCAGCAAGCAGAAGAAGAUGGAUUUUUCUAUCGGAAAAGAAAUGCAGCUGCAGCAGCAGCAAUGGCAGGGGAAAUCUUGGGGCACAAAGGCAAGCAGGCAAGAAGCAAAGGUUUCCCCUGGGACCUCCUUACAAGUAGCUGCUAUGGUGAUUUGAAAAAGAACGGAGCACAUAUAUUUGAAUGCUUAGGGUUUGUUGUUGUUGAUGAUGAUGUUUUGUUUGUUGAGGAAGUGUGUCAAUGGGGAUGGGCUUUGAGGUUUCAAAUGCCCCUACCAGGCCCAGUCUCUCUCUCUACCUGUGCAUUAGAACGU